AUGGCUGUAGAAACCAAAUUCCAACACUCGUUUGGAGGAACUGGAUGCCUCAGGCAUGCCUCCGAAUUUGUUAGUGACCAUGAGCGGCAUGUUGACAUUGAACCAGUAUCCAAUAACCUUCUUGCUUGUUUUACUUGGUUGAGAGCAUCUCACAAGGUGCGGAGAAUACACUUCCUACUCCUACUCCUGGGAUGUUCAGCGUAG